AUUUCGUAAGACGAUGUAUACCAUGCGUAUCCCGUACAUACAACUGACACAACUUAAAACUAAAUGUACUCUGUCUUAAAAGCUAAUCUAAUACAACGUGAAGCUAAAAAUGCUCUGUAGCUUUAAGACAAACGUUAUGGAUAGGGUUAAAAAGAGGAAGUGGGCACACAGCGGACUUUCGUUUCCCUAAUGAAAGUUUUAAUUUGGGGUCUGAGCUUUAACACUAGAAAGGAGAAGCGCAAGUACAGUAGUACGCGACGGGGUACCAAGAAAGAAUACGCAGUUUUAUUCGUGCACAUGACAAUACAAUAGGCCUGAAGUGCGACCGAACGACGCCGAUCCUGACAUAAUAAUGAUGGCGGAGGCCGACACGGAAGAGAACGUGUACCGUGAGGCUGUGGCAGAGUCGCCUGUUGCGCCCCCUAAUGGCGACAUUAACAUUGACGACCUGUUACCCGACGGUCCUCAGGGGAAUAUUCAAGGACAGAUGGAGGAGUUCCUGGGCCCCCAGCCGGAGUACGAUGAGGAAGAGGAGGAGAAGAAGUAUUACAGGAGGAAGAAGCUGGGCGUGGUGAAGAACGUCCUGGGGGCCAGCGUCGGGGGCAUGAUCAUAUACAGCGUCUACAUGGGCCUGUUGCAGAUGCAGCUGAUCCUCCACUAUGAUGAGACGUACAGAGAGGUGAAGUACGGUAACCUGGGUCUGGAGGACAUCGACAAGAAGAUGCUGAUGGGGAUCAACGUUACACCCAUCAUUGCACUGUUAUACACCCCCAUACUCAUCAGGUUUCUGGGCACCAAGUGGAUGAUGUUUCUGGCCAGUGGAAUUUACGCUCUCUUCGUCUCAACCAAUUACUGGGAGCGAUACUACACCCUGGUACCAUCGGCUGUGGCCAUUGGUGCAGCCAUUGUCCCGCUGUGGGCGUCAUUAGGGAACUACAUCACAAGGAUGGCCCAACAGUACUAUGAGUAUGUCAACUAUAAGGAUGAUCACGUUCAGGAACAGAAGAAACUACAAGGGGCGUGUCAUCGCUAUGUCAUCGUCUUCCAAUCCGUGUUCUUCGUCAUCUUCCAUCUCAGCCUGGUGUUUGCAGAGUUCCCCCAGCGCAUCUUCCUCCACCAGUACCUUAGUGACUACAACCACACACUGUACAAUGUUAAACACUGUGGUGCGGAGGGCAGUGGUAUGAUCGAGGGUUUCAACAGGACCGUCCUGAAGCACCUCCCUCGUUCCCUGGCGCUGAUCCAGGUGGAGAGUGUUCUCAUGGGGGCCGCCUUCCUCUCCAUGAUCAUCUUCCUGGCGGUGUGCGGGGCUGCGUACCGCCCUACAGAGGAGAUCGAUCUGAGGAGUAUCGGCUGGGGGAACAUCUUCCAGUUGCCCUUCAAACACCUGAGAGACUACAGACUGAGACUCCUCAUCCCCUUCUUCAUCUACAGUGGACUGGACACACUCUUCUCUGUCACCGGACUCACUCUGUCGUAUGGUGUGUGUACGGUGGGUCUAGAGUGGCUGUAUCUCCUGGUGAUGGUCUAUGGUCUGUCCUGCUCCCUAUUCUCCUGCCUGUCCCUGUCCCUCCUCAGGCUGCCACGCUACGUUUCUCUGCUAGGGGGCGCUGUGAUCCACGGUCCUCUGCUGGUGUUCCUGCUGUUCUGGUCCCCAGCGCCACGCUCACCUGAUCAACUUCCUUACCUGCUGGUGGUGAUCGCCCUCUGGGGAAUGGGGUCUGCAUUGAAUAAGACUGGACUCAGCAUUCUCCUGGGUAUGUUGUAUGAAGAUAAAGAGAGACUGGACUUUGUCUACACCAUCUACCACUGGUGGCAGGCUAUCGCCAUCUUCAUAGUCUACCUGUGGACUGGACUCAUCAUGAGGGCCAAACUCUCCAUUCUAUUGGUCAUCUUGCUGCUGGCAUGCUUCUGCUAUUGGACGAUGGAGCGACGCCUGUCCAAGAACAUGCAUUUCAGACUGCCUCGCAUUCCCCGCCCCAAACACAAGGUCAAAGGUUAUCGUUACCUGGAGGAGGAAAACUCAGACGAGUCGAACUCGGAGGAGAGUGAUGAGGAUGAGGAUGAAGAGCAGCAGGAGGAGGUGAUCAGGGAGGACUUCGGCGGAGACGCAGGGUCGCAGGGCUCUGAUUCGACCAGGGAGAGGAGGGGAGGGGCUAGGGGUCGGCGCAGGAGGCGAGACGAUGAUUACGAGCAAGCAGUGGAAAGGGAGGAGAGAGAGAAGGAGGGAUAGAGAGAGGGAGAGGGAUAGAGAAAGAGGGAGGAGAUUUAAAGAAGAGUGAAAGAGUGAAAAAUAGUGAGAGAGCGAGCGACAGAGAGAGAGCGAGUCCUCAGGGUAUCCUCUAGCUGUCCUCUAGGUAUCCUCUAGGUAUCCUCUAGGUGUCCUCUAGGUAUCCUCUAGCUGUCCUCUAGGUAUCCUCUAGGUAUCCUCUAGGUGUCCUCUAGGUAUCCUCUAGCUGUCCUCUAGGUGUCCUCUAGGUAUCCUCUAGGUGUCCUCUAGGUAUCCUCUAGGUAUCCUCUAGGUGUCCUCUACUCUAGGUGUUCUCUAGGUAUCCUUUAGCUGUCCUCUAGGUAUGCUCUAGGUAUCCUCUAGGUAUCCUCUAGGUAUCCUCUAGGUGUCCUCUACUCUAGGUGUUCUCUAGGUAUCCUUUAGCUGUCCUCUAGGUAUGCUCUAGCUGUCCUCUAGGUAUCCUCUAGGUAUCCUCUAGGUAUCCUCUAGCUGUCCUCUAGGUAUCCUCUAGGUAUCCUCUAGGUGUCCUCUACUCUAGGUGUUCUCUAGGUAUCCUUUAGCUGUCCUCUAGGUAUGCUCUAGCUGUCCUCUAGGUAUCCUCUAGGUAUCCUCUAGGUAUCCUCUAGGUGUCCUCUACUCUAGGUGUUCUCUAGGUAUCCUUUAGGUGUUCUCUAGGUAUCCUUUAGCUGUCCUCUAGGUAUCCUCUAGCUGUCCUCUAGGUGUCCUCUAGCUGUGCUCUAGGUAUCCUCUAGCUGUUCUCUAGCUACCCUCUACUCUAGGUGUUCUCUAGGUAUCCUCUAGCUGUCCUCUAGGUAUCCUUUAGCUGUCCUCUAGGUAUCCUCUAGCUGUCCUCUAGGUAUCCUCUAGGUAUCCUCUAGCUGUCCUCUAGGUAUCCUCUAGGUAUCCUCUAGCUGUCCUCUAGCUGUCCUCUAGGUAUCCUCUAGCUGUUCUCUAGCUAUCCUCUACUCUAGGUGUUCUCUAGGUAUCCUUUAGGUGUCCUCUAGGUAUCCUCUAGCUGUCCUCUAGGUAUCCUCUAGCUGUCCUCUAGGUAUCCUCUAGCUGUUCUCUAGCUAUCCUCUACUCUAGGUGUCCUCUAGGUAUCCUCUAGCUGUGCUCUAGGUAUCCUCUACUCUAGGUGUUCUCUAGGUAUCCUUUAGGUGUCCUCUAGGUAUCCUCUAGCUGUCCUCUAGGUAUCCUUUAGGUGUCCUCUAGGUAUCCUCUAGCUGUCCUCUAGGUAUCCUCUAGCUGUCCUCUAGGUAUCCUCUAGGUGUCCUCUAGCUGUCCUCUAGGUAUCCUCUAGCUGUCCUCUAGGUAUCCUCUAGCUGUCCUCUAGGUAUCCUCUAGCUGUCCUCUAGGUAUCCUCUAGCUGUUCUCUAGCUAUCCUCUACUCUAGGUGUUCUCUAGGUAUCCUCUAGCUGUCCUCUAGGUAUCCUCUAGCUGUCCUCUAGGUAUCCUCUAGCUGUUCUCUAGCUAUCCUCUACUCUAGCUGUCCUCUAGGUAUCCUCUAGCUGUUCUCUAGCUAUCCUCUACUCUAGCUGUCCUCUAGGUAUCCUCUAGCUGUGCUCUAGGUAUCCUCUAGCUGUCCUCUAGGUAUCCUCUAGCUGUGCUCUAGGUAUCCUCUAGCUGUGCUCUAGGUGUCCUCUAGCUAUCCUCUAGGUACUUUCCCCAGUCCAGCUCUCUUUCAUCAGUGCAGAUUAAGGAAAGGAGUUGAAUCAGAAGAAGAGACAAAACGGGUGUGUCUCAAAUGUAACCCUUUUCACUUCAUAGUGCCCUACUUUUGACCCCGAACUUUAACCUUGUUCAAAAGUUGUGCACUAUGAAUAAGGUCCCAUUUGGAACGCAGACAAUACUGUAUGUCUAGGCUAUUGACACGCACCUAGAGGGGGAUUGACAUAUAGAUAAUUGAAGAGGUUCAUCCACAGGAGGAUAAAACAGAGUGGUACAGGAGGAUAAAACAGAGCGGUACAGGAGGAUAAAACAGAGCGGUACAGGAGGAUAAAACAGAGCGGUACAGGAGGAUAAAACAGAGCGGUACAGGGGGAUAAAACAGAGCGGUACAGGAGGAUAAAACAGAGCGGUACAGGAGGAUAAAACAGAGCGGUACAGGAGGAUAAAACAGAGCGGUACAGGAGGAUAAAACAGAGCGGUAGAGGAGGAUAAAACAGAGCAGUACAGGAGGAUAAAACAGAGCGGUACAGGAGGAUAAAACAGAGCAGUACAGGAGGAUAAAACAAGGGUACAGGAGGAUAAAACAGAGCUGUACAGGAGGAAAGAGAAGAACGGGGGAUUUUACACAGAAAGAAAGAGGAUGAAGAGAGGACAGGAAUUCAGUUUCGAAGGUUUCUCAUAACACAACUGAAAAGGGAAGAAGUUAUUUACUCCACUUCAAAUAUGAACCAGUUUCCUUCCAAUGCAUGAUCACAUGGUGUGUGGCCCAAUUGUCACACUAUUCACUAUAUAGUGCACUCAUUUUGAACAGGGCCCAUUUGGGCUCUGGUCAAAAGUAGUGUACUAUAUAGGGAAUGGGGUGCCAUUUCGGACUCACCCGUACUGUAUAGACACCUGAAACAUAUGUGCAGUUAAGUACGUCACAGGCACUUUUGACAGGGCACAUACAGGGCUCUGAUCAAAAGUAGUGCACUAUAGAGGGAAUAAGGUGCCAUCUGGGACACAGCCUUUGUAUUUCAACAGUAUCACUGUAUUGUAUUGUUAGUCAGCUGUGUUGUCAUGGUUCCUAGCUCAGGUGUUUUGAGUGGCCUACAUUUUGUUGUUUUUUGUAAGGAAUUUAUUCAAUCAAUGAUUUUGAAAAAAUGUAAUUAUAGUCAUGAAUUAUAAUGAGAAUAUAUUGAUUGUAAUUGUUUUUUUUAUGACUGAAGUGAGUUUUGAAGUUGUUUUCUGAGUAUAAAGCUGGUUUUGAGCCUCUU